GCAUAUAGUAUAGAAUUAUAAAAGGGAUUGGAAUUUCUUGUUUGAAUCAAAACUCAAAAGCACAUCUAGGUGUCUGCCUCUCUGCUUUCAUCCAUCGUCGACCAGGAGGGCUUCCAAAGCCCAAAAAUUAUUUUUUUCCCCUUUUUUUGGGGGCCAUUUGCAUUAUCAUCCUCCAACACCCUUAUGGAUCGACCACCUCACAAUUAUGCAGCUGCUUCUGCCAUGGCCUAUGCCCAACAGCAGCGACAAGCACCCAAUAUUCAACAGCAACAGCAGUUUGGAUUUCAUCCCCAACAUCAACAGUUCCCUGCAGCAGUGCAUGGUCCUCCUUUUCUACCCCCACAUCCUUCUCAAUUCCCUUACCAUCCCCACAUGCAGCAGCAACCACAACUCCACCCUCAUCCCCCUCCCCAUCCUCAACUUCUUCAUCUUCAGCAUCAACAGCAACCACCACCCGCUUUCCCUUCACAUUUGCCUCCUCACCUCUUGUCCUCACCUUUCCAUGGCCUCUAUGAUUCUCCCCCACCCCAUGCUGCUCCCCCAUCUGAUCCUGAGCUCCAGAAGCGUAUCGACAAGCUUGUUGAGUAUGCAACUAAGAAUGGCCCCGAAUUUGAAGCCAUGAUCCGCGAAAAGCAGCAAGAUAAUCCUGAUUACAGUUUCCUCUUUGGUGGGGAGGGAAAUGGUUACUACAGGUACAAGCUUUGGUUAUCUAUGCGUCCUCCAGGUGGCCCGUAUCCUUCCUUUUCACCCUCUUCUAUUCCUAUGAUGCAUCCUCCCCCAAAUCCUGUCAUGCACCCUUCUUCUCUAAGUGCGCCUCCAAUGAGUGCUGUUGCUGCUGCUGCUGCUGUUGGGGCUAUGGUUACUCCACAACUGCACCAACCUGCAUUUCCAUCAUUUUUUGAUCAGCAGCACCACCAUCAGCAUCCUCAGCCUUUUGCUGCUCAUGGCCGAGCAGAGUAUGAUCAGUCCUUCAAAGGCCUUUCUGGUCCACUUCCCUCUGAUGUUGCAAUGGAGCUUACUAACGUGCUUAACAAUCUAAAUGGUACCAAAGAGUCAAUCAAAAGUGCCAAGAUAUGGUUCAUGCAGAGGUCUCCAUUUGCUCCAGCUCUGGCUGAGGCACUUAGAGAUAGGGUAUUUGCUUUGGAUGAUUCGGAGAGGCAAUUGCACGUGAUUUAUCUUGCCAAUGACAUUCUUUUCGACAGUUUGCAGAGAAGGGCUAACCCUGAUGACCUCGAUAAUGAAGCCCUUGCAUUUAAACCUGUAUUAGGUUCCAUGCUUGCAAGAAUAUACCACAAUCCUCAAAACAAGGAGGAAAACCAGUCACGGUUACAAAAAAUUUUGCAGUUCUGGGCAUCCAAGGAAGUUUAUGAUCAAGAUGCUAUAUAUGCACUUGAGAGUGAGAUGAUGAGUGGACCACCAACUAUUUCUUUUCCUGGGCCUCCAAAAGAAUUACCUGCUGCUUCAGUGGAGCCCUCAACACCUGCAGGAAUAUUACAGCAGACAGCAAACAAUAAUGUCUCCCUGUGGCAGCCUGACAAACAAAGUUCUAUUCCAAGUAUACUGGACCAAGAGCUCCCUGAUAAACAAGGGACCCUUGCCUUGCUACCAUCUCUGGCAAACCAGCAAUUUGUUCCAAAUUCAGGCCCUACUGGGGCUUUUCCAGGGUCUAUGCCCUUAAAUUCUAAUCUUCAGCCACCAAGCCAACAACAAGCAAAUGUUGGUGAAAAGUUGCCCCCCUAUCCACUUUUCCCACCUGGUCUUAUUCCUGGAAUGGUCAGAAAAAUGCAAAUUGGCAGUGGGGUGCCUUAUUCUCCCCUGAGUCCUUUGGAUAUCCCGACAGUUAUACCUCCAUCCAAUGUAUCGCCAUCAGAAAUUCUUGAGAGAGUAUCAAAGUUUUUCAAAGAAAUUGGAGAGGUCAACCCUUCUGAAGGAUCCUUGAAAUCCGAUUCAAGAGAUGAAGACGAUGAGUAUGGUAUUGAAGCUCCUGUUCGUAAGGGUGGAGCUUGCAUCCCUCCACCCCCUAAUCUGCAGGUAGACCCAGAUACGGGAACUUAUGCUGAUGGAAGUGCAGAACACAAACCAGGAUCCAGUGGCGUAGGAAGAUUAGGACUUGGAGCAACAGCUAAUCCCAAUGAAGCAAGUCAAUAUGAUGAUGUUUAUACAUCUUACAGAAAACAGAGAAGCACCUCGUACCACUCAUCCAUGAGUGCACGAGCUGCUACAAGGUAAAGCCUGUCAAAUAUGUCUAGAUAUCUUUCAGGGUGGAAAACAAGGAGUACUUCGGUAGCUCGUUUUUUCUGCUAUUAUUUAUUAAAAUUAUCAUUCCUUUCUGCAGCUAAGCAUGUAGAAACAUACAAGUUGACUAGUUAUGCUAGAUAAAAAGACCAUGAGGGGGUUUAAUUAAUUUUCACACUGACAUAUAAGUAGGAAUUUUGGGUUUGAAAGACAGGGGCUUCCUUCUGCAUAUGCUGAACAUUGUGUAGAAACAGGAACAAAGUAGUUAUAUGCUUCAGCAAUUUAAUAAGGUUGGAUCAGCUGGAAAAGGAUCAAGCAGUACUGCCACGAGCAGCAAAGGCUAUAAUCAAUUAUCCUCUUGGGGCAAUACUAGAGUUACAGUUACACCUUUGAGUGUUGAAACUUGAAAAUGCUAUGCCCAUGGAAGGCACAAGCAAUGGUGUUGUUAUAGAGCAGGUUAUGAAUGGUGUCAGAAUAACAAUGAGGCUGUAGUUGUAGACACCACUGAAUUAAAUUUCCCUUGGUCGAAAUAGGCCCAUUAGAUGA